UUUUCAAGCUCUCCCUUCCCCAUUCAAAGAGAGAGAGAGAGAGUUCUAGAGAGAGAAAUGGCAUCAGAGUUGCAAAUGCCCCCUGGUUUCAGAUUUCAUCCAACGGAUGAGGAGCUCGUGAUGCACUAUCUAUGUCGUAAAUGUGCGUCGCAGUCGAUUGCUGUUCCCAUCAUUGCUGAGAUCGAUCUCUACAAGUACGAUCCAUGGGAACUUCCGGGUUUGGCCUUGUAUGGGGAGAAAGAAUGGUACUUUUUUUCGCCAAGGGACCGGAAGUACCCGAACGGAUCUAGGCCGAAUCGGGCAGCGGGUAGUGGGUAUUGGAAGGCGACCGGGGCGGAUAAGCCAAUCGGGCAUCCAAAACCGGUCGGAAUUAAGAAGGCUCUGGUGUUUUACGCCGGAAAAGCUCCGAGGGGAGAGAAAACCAACUGGAUUAUGCACGAGUACAGGCUAGCAGAUGUGGACCGGUCCGCCCGCAAGAAAUGCAACAACAGCCUAAGGCUGGACGAUUGGGUCCUAUGUCGUAUAUACAACAAAAAAGGAAGCAUCGAGAAGCAAAACACGGUCAUCGACAAGAAAUUGAGCGAAAUUCCUGAAAUGUUUGAACAAAAGCCGCAGAUUCUGAACCACCACGGCGGCGGCGUCAUGUUAUCGCCGCCGCCAGAGAGUCCACCGGCGACGAGGAUGUUCAGUGAGUUGGUUUACCGCGACACAUCGGAUUCCAUCCCAAGGCUCCACACGGACUCAAGUUGUUCGGAGCACGUCGUGUCGCCAGAAUUUACGUGUGAGAGGGAGGUCCAGAGCGAGCCGUCAAAGCUGACCGAUUGGGAGAAAGCCGCCCUCGAUUUUCCAUUUAACUACAUGGAUGCCACCAUGGACAAUGCCUUCACUUCUCCAUUACAAGACAUGUUCAUGUACCUUCAGAAGCCAUUCUGAUGUGAUUUGUGGUUCUGAUUAAAUCAAUUAGGGCCGACACAUUCUUAGUCUGUGAGUCGCGUAGCACCGUAUAACUAACCCCACACACCCUUCACAGGAGACUUGGGAAGUCUAUGAGUGUGUUCACGUGUGAGAGGGGCAUUGUGGUCUAAGUGCUGUACCAUGUUAAUACAAUGUAUACAGCAGACAUGUAUGUAUAUAUAGGUCAUGUCAAUGAUGUCAUGUGUGUAUACAUUGAUCAUUUUGGUAAGGCCAUGUUGGACCUUUCAUAUUCUCAUAUUUGUAGUUUAUUUUAAUUUGAAAUCAGUUGUAGUUAUUCAACAAGUGAUUUUCUUUAUAUGGAGGCAUUAAAGUAAUUUAUGGUAUUUUAAUUGA